CGCGAUGACGUUGCAGUCUCUAGCGGACCCCGGAAGUGCAACUUGAACUUGAUCGGGGCGCGGAUUCCCGAGAGGGAAAGUCAUAACAACCGCACGAGGGAGUUCGACUGGCGAGCUGGAAGGCCACGCCUCCUCCCGCCUCCCCCCACAGCCCUGCAGCUGGGGGCAGAGUUCAGACUGUCUUCUGAAGAUUGAUGUCUAUUUCCUUGAGCUCUUUAAUUUUGUUGCCAAUUUGGAUAAGCAUGGCACAAAUCCAGCAGGGAGGUCCAGAUGAAAAAGAAAAGACAACAGCACUCAAAGAUUUAUUAUCUAGGAUAGAUUUGGAUGAACUAAUGAAAAAAGAUGAACCACCUCUUGAUUUUCCUGAUACACUGGAAGGAUUUGAAUAUGCUUUUAAUGAAAAGGGGCAGUUAAGACACAUAAAAACUGGGGAGCCGUUUGUUUUUAACUACCGGGAAGACUUGCACAGAUGGAACCAAAAAAGAUAUGAAGCACUAGGAGAGAUCAUCACAAAGUACGUAUAUGAGCUUCUGGAAAAGGAUUGUAAUUUGAAAAAAAUAUCUAUUCCAGUAGAUGCCACUGAAAGUGAACCAAAGAGUUUUAUCUUUAUGAGUGAGGAUGCUUUGACAAAUCCACAGAAACUGAUGGUUUUAAUUCAUGGUAGUGGUGUUGUCAGGGCAGGUCAGUGGGCUAGAAGGCUUAUUAUAAAUGAAGAUCUGGACAGCGGCACACAGAUCCCUUUUAUUAAGAGAGCUAUGGAUGAAGGAUAUGGAGUAAUAGUACUGAAUCCCAAUGAAAACUAUAUUGAAGUCGAAAAGCCAAAGAUACCUGUCCAAUCAUCUUCUGAUAGUUCAGAUGAACCAGCAGAAAAACGCGAAAGAAAAGAUAAAGUCUCUAAAGAAACAAAGAAGCGACGUGAUUUCUAUGAGAAGUAUCGUAACCCCCAAAGAGAAAAAGAAAUGAUGCAGUUAUAUAUCAGAGAAAAUGGCUCUCCUGAAGAACAUGCAGUCUAUGUGUGGGACCAUUUCAUAGCCCAGUCUGCAGCUGAGAAGGUAUUUUUUGUUGCUCACAGCUAUGGAGGACUUGCUUUUGUUGAACUGAUGAUUCAACGAGAAGCAGAUGUGAAAAGCAAGGUGACUGCCGUGGCGUUGACAGACUCUGUUCACAAUGUGUGGCAUCAAGAAGCUGGCAGAACGAUUCGAGAAUGGAUGCGAGAGAACUGUUGUAAUUGGGUCUCUAGCUCAGAACCAUUAGACACAUCAGUGGAGUCCAUGCUGCCUGACUGUCCCCGAGUCUCAGCAGGCAAAUUCUUUACCAGCUGAGCCACAAGGGAAGCCUAUGAUGGAAAGGAAAGAGCAUUAGCCAUGGAGCCAGACAGACCCAGAUCUGCAUUCUAUCCCUAGGUCAGAAAACUUGCAAGAAAAAUAACAUUUUUCCCUUACCAAUGAAUGACUUUAUGGGGUGAAGAAUUGCAGUAGUCACUUAUUUCUAUUUUAGGAGCACAAUAACUGUCCUCUCAUCAGUGAGAUCCAGAAGCGUUAUCUUAGGAAGAAAAUUUUGGAAAUUUUGAUAAAGAUAUGACUCUUACUUUCCCCAGAAAAAUUGAUAUGUGUGCCUAUUGAGAAAACCCUGUCACUUUCUGCUAAGCAUUGCCAGCCAGUAAUUUCAUCAAGCUAAUCUAACAGGACAGUCAAGUGACUUGCCUUUAAUUUGUUGUGAUUGUGUUAUAUUUAUGAAAAGCAGAGCUAAAACAGCUGAUAGCAAGUGUUUAGACAGUGAUUGUUUCAUAAAUAGUUUUAAGAACAUUGCUAAAUCUAAGUAGACACUGAGUAAGUUUGCUCACUGUGUGAAAUGUAAAUCAUUCUUUCUGUAAUCAUGUCAUUAAACACAUGCAAAUAUUAUAAAUGAUUACCUCAUUUCAAACAUAUUUUUAUGGCACCUGUCUGCUUGCUAAAUAUGUAUUGCCUUUGAGAUUUAAACAGAAGAGGUGGGAAAAGACUUACCAUAUAGGGAUUUAUUGUGUUGUUCUUUUCUCUCCUGAAAAGGCAAUCACAGCAACACCACAGGUAGAAAAGAAUGUUUUGCUGCUUCUGUGUCACAUCAUUAAAGUAGUGAAUCUAAAGCCAUAAAUUUUUGUCUUCUGGGCCAAGAAAUUUUAAGUAAAAUACUAACAAGAAUGUUACGCUUUUAAAUGAGAAAUGAAAGAAUCUUUAUCCUUUUUACUCGAGUUUCCCGAAAUGGCACGCUCCAUAAAAAAAUAUAUCAUUUUUAUUUUUGAACUGAGUUCCUUGCAUUAGUCAAUAAACAAUUUAUUUGGUGAAUAUUCUCUGUGCACAUAUAUACACCAUGUGAACAUUUAGGAAACAGAAGGUGCUUGAAUUUGUGAGAUUUAAAUAUUUUCUCACAGUUGAUCCAGUGAUACUGCAGUUGAAAUAAAACCACAUUUAAAUGAAAUAACACUUUCUACUAAAAAGCACAUAUACAUUUUCUGUCAUUGUUUUAAUGAGGACAGCAGUAGUCCCAGUUACUCAGUGGAAUAUCUUGUAUUAAACAUCGUUAGUAUGUUUGCCUCUGUGUGCAUUCUAAGACUCACUCACAGAGCUCUACCUGUCCUGACCACAAAUGUACAUGUACAUUAAAUUACAUUAUCUGACUACACAUAUUUUAUGCUGCCCAUACUCUUGCAAAUAUUAUUAAAUUUUGAAAGUAUAAACAAAGCAAUGUUGAUUUCUCAUUUGUUCUAAAAACAUGUGCAUGUACAUACUACUAAUAAUAUUCAUAUUUUAAGUACAUUAGAUAAAAUAUGAGCUAUGUAGAUCAGAGGUGCUAUACCAGAAUGUGAAAAGCAAAAGGAUAGCGCCAGCAAAGCAGCUUUGGGCAUCUUUCAGAAAUCCUUGCUGUGGAUUUCUGAACCAACUCCAACCCGAACCAACUCCUGUUUUCCCCUAGUUCCCUGCCCUCACAUUCUCAUAAGCAGCAGCAUUAUCCCCUGUACUCCCUCAGUGAUUAAACGUCUACUAAGCACCUGUUAGGGGCUAGGCACUGAGGGUCAGAAUGAGGCAAGGCACACAUAGGUUGGAUAGACGAAAGAGGUGAGAAAAACCCAGGAUCACCUCACCAGUGGCCAGGGUUAGAGGAAAGGAUAGAAGGAGGACCCACAGGAAGAAGCACUUGAGAACAGGAACACCUAGAGCUAAGGAAGACUUGACAGAUGACUAGGAGUUGUUAAGUGGAAGGCAUGAGAAGGGAGGAGAGACACCAAAAGUCAGGAAUGGGACAAAAAGUGAAAAGACUUGGUUUUGACUAGAAAUCUAGGCUAUGAUUAGUUCCUGCAACUGAGAGUUAAAUUCAAGGGCUAAAAUUGUGACAGCCAUUGCAAAAAGUUAGAUUGUACUCAAUGCAUGAAGCUAAUUACACGGGUCUUUCAGGAUGCACCGGGAAAAAUAGUUUCUCAACAUUAAGUGUAAAGAUUAGUAUAUUGAUCUUAAGGAGACAUUGAACAACAUAACAGAUGAACUCUUUAAUUGUAGUGCUUCUGUUGAUUUGUUGUCAUUUAAGACACAAAAUCUUCAGGUGACUGGUCCUUAUAUUGACUUAUGGCAAAUAGCCUCAGUCUUAAUACUAAGACCAAGGUUCUGAAGGCCUUUCUUUCAAGAAAUAAAAUAAUUUUGUACUAGCGUAAAGCUUACAGAUGGUUUGCCUUUGCACUACUGAUCAGCAAAUCUAGAAAAAUGAACAGUUGGCAGAUCCACUGGCCUAUUCUUCUCAAGAGUCAGUUUUCUCUGCUAGGCUUUUGAUAAAAAGUUGUUUAUCAGUUCCUUUAUGUUUAUUGAGAAAUCAUAAGAAACACUGGGAAGAGUUUAAUUGAAAAAAUCAUCAGGUACCAAAGACAGUGUCUUACGUAAGUAGCCGAGUUGCCUAGUGCCUGAUACUGGAGAUAGAAAUAAGUAAAUGUACAUACCAAACAACUGAUUUAAGAUAAAUAAUCAAUUCAUCUGUGUUUCAUUCUCAUGUGAAAUAAAAAUGAGUAAUAUAUCCCUUUACAGAGUCACUCUGAGAAGUUAAAAACAAACAAGCAAGCAAAAACUCUUAAGAAUUAUUGAAAACUACUUAGCAAGGCAUAAAGAACAAUGCAAUGCUUAAUAAUGCUUUUUAAAAUAAAAUUUAAAGCCUGUAGAUCUUUAUUAAGUCCAACUUUGCUUCCAUCUGUGAAUAUUGAAAUGCUUUGAUAUAUAUAUAUAGCAAUCUUUGUAAAACUUUCUAAAAGGAGUUCUUAGUUCAGUUCAGUUCAGUUCAGCCGCUGAGUCGUGUCCAACUCUUUGCGACCCCAUGAAUCACAGCAUACCAGGCCUCCCUGUCCAUAUAUAGAAUUUGAAAAAGAUUAAAUUUUUUCCCCCAGAUCAUGCAAACUUACCAGUGUCAGAAGCCAUCAAAAAACACAUGUCUUGGCACCCUUGAAAGUGUUAGUCAUUCAGUCAUGUCCAACUCUGCAAUCCCAUGGACUGUAGCCUGCCAGGCUCCUCUAUCCAUGGAAUUCUCCAGGCAAGAAUACUGGAGUGGGUAGCCAUUCCCUUAUUCCCUUCUCCAGGGGAUCUUCCCAACCUAGGGAUCAAACCCCAGUCUCCUGCAUUGCAGGCAGAUUCUUUACCAUCUGAGCCACCAGAGAAGCCCUUGACACCCUUGCUUUGUCCUUAAAUACUGAGUGACACUUUUUAGCUUGUUAUUUCAGCAGACAAAUUUUGUUUUGAAGACAGGUCAAAAGUCUAUUAAGGUGCAGCACUGAUAGUCUGUUUCUUAUGAAUUUAUGUCACUUCUGAAAAUCCCUGAAAUAUGUAUACUAAAACAGUUAUUAGGUGAAUAAUUUUUAGAGGUCUGCUUGGGUGGACUCAUGUUUGGGGCAUUCUACUGGGCAGUUGCCUUUUUAGACCCUUACCACCAACUGAGAACAGCUUGAAGGUAGACAGCCUGAAAACUUAAGGUUUCUAAAAGUUAACUCUGUUGGAAUUUGAUAAGAUAUUUAGAAAGUAGGGGAUAAGUAAUUAUUUUGAGAACACUGAGAUAUUUUUAUUGGAGUUCUUUAUAACUCAACUUGAAGUGGAAUAUAGCUCAUUCGAAUCGUAAUGCCAGAUGACAGUUAUUUUCCAGUCAGUUCUUAAAGUGGUUUACAUGUUAUAGUUCAAGCAGUAUGAAAAUUCAUUCUGGAAAAAGCAUCUGUUGUCCAGGGCCUUCUGCUUUCUUAACCAAGAGAAAUAGCUGUAUGUAGCUAUCAAUUGUUUAUUAGUGAAUUGUAUAUUCAGGGCAUUAUCUGCACCAAAGCCAUGAUCUUAGGCCGGCUCUCCCUUGCUUCCCUGGCAUUUCUGUGCCAGUUUUUAUCACACCAAGCUCUUGUGCCAAUGCAAACUACUUUUCAUUGUGCCUAGAAAAACAUCAGGAGAAUAAAUUAUUCCUCCUCUCCCUCUGCCCCUCUCCCUUCAUUAUUUUAAAGUAUUAGAAAACUCAAUAUAAAUUACUUUGGCUUACCCUUUCAGUUACUUAUAGCAUUUACAUGGAUAAUCCGGAAACUUCUUGCCCUUCAGUUCAGUUCAGUCUCUCAGUCGUGUGUGACUCUUUGCAACCCCAUGGACUGCAGCAUGCCAGGCCUCCCUGUCCAUCAUCAACUCCCAGAUCUUGCUCAAACUCAUGUC